UCCAUUGUGAAAUCAUUAAUGACAUGGCCUUCUCUUGGAUUUUCCUGGUUGUAGCUCUACUCCAUUUUCUCUUUAUAGAGACUCGUGCCAAAGUUAUUGCAGGAGUCGUCAGCUCAGGACAAGCAUGGAGCGAAAAUGGAACCUUCAUUACUAAAUUUUGCUUCCAUGACAGGAGAGCAUUAUUUGAAUACGAGACAAAUAUUUCUUCCAAUGGUCGUUGGUAUUUCUAUUUGGAUGAUCAUUGGUCUGAUUCUCUAGCUGAAACAGAUUGUCGUAACAAGAUUGCUAAAGCUCGUUUUUCUGUUGGCAUAUCAGCUACAAGAGGGCAGCAGUUAGUCAAUCAGUGGCUCAGACCUCAUUUCUGGUAUGUGGUAUAUGCUGAUCCUAACACGUGUGAUGAAUCCCCACCCACUGAGGACCUGUUUAUUGGCUAUACAUUGACUUUCCUCAAUCCUGACUCAGAAGGGAAUGCUAAUGACCAUUUUGGUGAAGAUGAAAAAGGGCUACUAACGAUGUACACAUUAUUAAUUUUAUUUUAUAUUGGAGGGAUUGCGUAUUUUGCUAGACGUGUGUGGCAAUCAAUCCAGAAAGGUGGCCCAAUGCAUGAAGUUCUACAAGUGUUAUCUGUUGCUAUAGCAGUCCACUUCUUGUCAGCUUUCUUUAUGUUCAUCAACUUAUGGAUAUUUAAGAAUGACGGUGAAGGAAGUUCAGCUUGUGAAACGUUAUCCGAAAUACUAGAUGUGGUAUCGCAGAUGAUAAUGAUUUGCAUGUUACUCUCUAUGUCAAUGGGAUGGACACUAGGCCAAGUCAUACCACAUCCUGUUAACAACAAAGGGCAGCUUGGAAUUAUUGCUCUAGUCGGAGGUGCUGAAGUCAUACUGGUUUUAUGGGAGCAAUCUUAUGAGGAGAGUCACUACACGUAUCACGUCCAUGAGAAUCUUCCUGGGUUUCUGCUGGUUUGUCUCAGGAUCAUACUAGCCGUCCUUUUUGGAUACAACCUUCAAUCUACCCUCUCUAAAGAGAGGAGUACACUACGGAAAGAUUUCUAUCAAGCAUUCGCUAUUAUUUGUUAUCUUUGGUUCUUAUCGUUUCCUAUGCUGAUGUUAAUUGCAAUGGUACUGCCAGAAUACUGGAGACACAGAGUAGUGACCAUUGGAACUAUCGCCAUACAACUGGUGGCUUUAAUGAUGCUAAGCAAACAGUUCCUUUCUCGUAGCUUGUACUGGGAAGUAUCAACAUUAUCAUCGACCACUCUUCCGUUUAAGAGAGACAGAGGAGGCUUCAGAGACUAACACAGCACACAAUCUUUGUAAUAAUAA